UUUUUCCUUUGUGAGAAUUAACACCAGAACAAUGCUGGGGAAAAUGUCAUCUCUCUCUGCUCUAGUUCUGCUUCUGAUUAUACAAGAGGCAUUUGUUGCCCCAGUGACCCAGGAACCAAGUACUGUAACGAGUGCAGCAUCAACUAUUGGGUCAAGCACACAACCCAGCAGUGGAGGAACACCAAGUGCAGAAUCAAGUACUGCAACGAGUGCAGCAUCAACUAUGGAGUCAAGCACAGAACCCAGCAGUGGAGGAACACCAAGUGCAGAAUCAAGUACUGCAACGAGUGCAGCAUCAACUAUGCAGUCAAGCACAGAACCCAGCAGUGGAGGAACACCAAGUGCAGAAUCAAGUACUGCAAUGAGUGCAGCAUCAACUAUGGAGUCUAGCAGUGGAGGAACAUCAAGUGCAGAAUCAAGUACUGUAACGAGUGCAGCAUCAACUAUUGAGUCAAGCAAAGAACCCAGCACUGGAGGAACAACAAGUGCGGAAUCCAGUGGGGAUGCAAGUGCACUAAGUGGAGAAGGGAGUGGAGAAACAAGUGGAGAAGGGAGUGGCGAAGCAAGCGGAGAAGCAAGUGGAGAAGCAAGCGGAGAAGCAAUUGGCGAAGCAAGCGGCGAAUCAAGCGGCGAAUCAAGCGGCGAAGCAAUCGUAGUAUCAAUUGAAGAAACCACAGCAGGAGCGAGUGGAGGGCCAGCUGAGGCGACAAGUACAAAACCAACUGGAGAACCAGUUUUCAGCAUAAAUGGUGCAAGUGGAAAGUCUACUGAAGCACCGCAUGGAGACGCUACCAAAACAACAAGUUCAAAUUCAGGCCCACAACCAGCUACAGAGAAAACAGAAUCGUCCAAAUAAAAAGAGAAGGAAUCCAGUAAGAGAAGUGGCACUGAAGUCUUCCUGAUGACAUUGGCUUGACUGAAGCAGCUUCCCAAUAUAUGGAAAUACCAAGAUUCUGUGUAAUUACGAAAGUAACAAGGCUUAAAGUAAAAUGUCUAGCGUUCAGUGAAAUUUAAAUCAACACUUAAUUUUCCUGUUCCACAUUGUUAUUUAUUAAACUCUAACAUAU